AUGAUGUCACUGGGAGAUAGCUUCCAGAGCUUUAAACGCCUAGAAGGAGAACCUCUGCACGAAACUUGGCUGCGAUUUAAAAUUUUGGUGCUACAAUGCCCAACUCAUGGUCUACCUGAUAAUAUCUUGCUACAGUACUUCUACCGAAGCCUAGAAUCGGUGAAUAAAGGUAUCACUGAUCAACUUUCACCUGGAGGCCUAAUGCAGCAACCGUAUGCAGUAGCAGCCCAACUUUUAGAUGGCAUGACAACCAUCAAUAGGGAAUGGUACACCCGUGAAUACCAAGUAUCCCCUCUCACAUUCAAACUAUCCAAGGAACAGAUGAAUAAAUAUAAUGAGAGAGACCAAAACAUGGCCAAUAUAAUGAAACAUCUUGAUAUUUUGUCCAAAAAUGUCAUGAAGGUUGGUGCCCGUGGUGUCAAUGUUAUGGGGGUUGGGAAUGCAAAUCCUGAGGAGUCAUAUUUCGAAGCAUUGUAUAAUGAGGAGGGUGGUAACCAAGGUUGGGCUAGAGAUGAAGGAUGGAAGGAUCAAGAAUGGAGAGACCGAAAUCCUAAUUGGAAAGACGGGGAGAAGGACUACUAUGUGCCUCCCCACGAGCGCCAAAAGCCAAAGGACUCAGAGGGUGGUAGGUUUGAGGGUAUGCUCUCGCGUAUCCUCAACAAAGUUGAAGGGUCAGAUAAAAUGGUGAAAGGCAUGAAAGAAGAUGUUUCUACCCUUAGCCAGACCGUCACCUCCCAUUAUGUUUCAAUCAAGCAUUUAGAGACCCAAUUGGGUCAUAUCUCAUCUCACCUUAAUCCGAGAUAG